AUGGGAAGAGAAUUAAUUACCCUACAAGCUGGUCAAGCGGGAAACGCGAUUGGUCACUCAUUCUGGCAACAGCUUUGUCACGAGCAUGGUAUAUCCCAGGAUGGUACACUAGAAGACCACGCUCAGGAUGCGGGUUUUGAUAGAAAAGACGUCUUCUUCUAUCAAGCAGACGAUGAUCAUUACAUUCCAAGAUCUAUUCUAGUCGAUUUAGAGCCUAGGGUCGUCAACAACAUACUAUCGUCCCCAUUUGCAAACUUAUACAACCCAGAAAACAUCUACGUCUCACAAGAUGGUGGUGGUGCUGCAAAUAACUGGGCUAUGGGUUAUCACGCAGCUGAGCGUAUUUAUGAUGAAGUUUUUGAUAUGAUUGAUAGAGAGGCUGACGGUUCAGAUUCGUUGGAGGGCUUCAUGCUUUUGCAUUCUAUUGCAGGUGGUACCGGUUCUGGUUUAGGUUCCUUUCUGCUUGAAAGAUUGAAUGAUAGGUUCCCGAAAAAGCUUAUUCAGACGUACUCUGUUUUUCCAAAUAAUCAGGAAACCUCGGAUGUUGUUGUUCAACCUUACAAUAGCAUGCUCGCUUUGAAAAGAUUGGUCAAUCACGCGGAUAGUGUUGUUGUUCUGGAUAACGCUGCUCUGUCUAGAAUUGCAGCGGAUAGAUUACACGUGCCACAUCCGUCAUUCUCGCAAACCAAUCAAUUGGUAUCAACUGUCAUGUCAGCGGCAACAACACCACUGAGAUAUCCGGGUUACAUGAACAACGACUUAUCAUCAAUUAUUGCAUCUCUUAUACCAACUCCACGGUGUCAUUUCUUAAUGACAUCUUAUACACCUUUCACUUCAGAUCAAAUUGAAAAAGCCAAGUCAAUCAGGAAGACAACAGUUUUGGACGUCAUGAGAAGACUUUUACAACCAAAAAACAGAAUGGUUAGUGCACCAACAUCAAAAAAUAGCUGUUAUAUUUCAUUGUUGAAUAUAAUCCAAGGUGAUGUUGAUCCAACUGAUGUUCACAAGUCUUUGUUAAGAAUAAGGGAGAGACAAUUAGCAAACUUUAUUCCUUGGGGUCCUGCAUCAAUCCAAGUAGCUUUAACGCGUAAAUCGCCUUACGUGCCUUCUUCACAUAGGGUUAAUGGGUUGAUGCUGGCUAAUCAUACAUCGAUUGCAUCACUCUUUAAGCGUGUAAGAGAUCAGUAUGAUAGACUAAUGAAGAGGAACGCAUUCUUGGAGCCAUAUAAGCGUGAAAAGAUGUUCUCAAAUAACAUGGAUGAGUUCCAUGAUUCGAGGGAGGUGGUUCAGGAUAUGAUUGAUGAGUAUCAGGCAUCGGAGAGACCUGAUUAUACAGAGUACCAUGCAGACCAAGAUGAAGUAUAA